GCAACUACCAACAUUUCACAACUCACUGUCAGUACGAACUUCUAGCGCGUGUGGUUGCGAUGAAACGCUCGUUCACCGCAGUUGUGACGCUGGCGCUUCUUGCGUCCUUCUGCGCAUGGUCAACGCUGGCAUUGAAUGUCAAGCUGUCUGGGGUCAACUACAACCCACGCAAAGGCGCAGACUGGGAGCCUUGGGAGCUCAAGUGCAAGUCGGCCGAGGAAGUGGAACUGGACAUGCGGGCCAUUUCACUCAUCACGGACAACAUCCGGCUAUACAGCAUGAACGACUGCAACCAAGUGGAGCUCGUGAUGCCGUUGGCCAAAGCGGCCGGGCUCAAAGUGUGGCUGGGUAUGUGGGUCGACCAGCACAACACAACGUUCUUUGCCGAACGGGAUACCCUGAAGGCCCUGAUUAAAAAAGGCGUGAUUGACUCGUCCGUGACGGGGCUCCACGUGGGCAGCGAAGCGAUCUAUCGCAACGACGUAACAGUGUGGCAAGCCAUCGACUACUUUUGGGAAAUCAAAAACAUCAUCGUUAACGCCAACUUGUUGAUCCCUGUGACGAUUGCUGACGUCGGUGACGUCUACGCUGGCCACCCCGAGUUGUUUCACGUGGUGGACGUGGUGUCGGCCAACUCGUUUCCUUUUUGGGAAAAUAGAUCUAUCGACGAGUGCAUCACGUACUUUUACAGGCGCAUGGGCAAUGUUAUCGGCAUGGCUCGUGUGUUCAACAAGCAGAUCAUCAUCGGCGAGACGGGGUGGGCCACUGCCGGCUGGGCUUAUCGCGCCGGCGUUGCUAGCCCCGAGAAUGCCGCCGUACGUUUUAGAAUCCGCAUACCAUACUAUAUUUGUUGUUUACUUUGAUUACACCAUUUGGCUCACUUGGUGGAAUUUGUAUGUAGCUGUGGCUGAAUGACUUUCAUGUGUUCGCGCAAGAAUUUGGCUGGCCGUACUAUUACUACGUGGCGUUUGAUACAACCUGGCGACACAACGCCAACACCAACAUCACCGAACCCGAAGUUGAGAGCUACUUUGGCUUGUUUGAUGACAACCGCAACCUGAAACCGGCGUACGCAAACUUGAACAUCAAAAAGCGCAAGCAGUAUGGGUACCCCCCCAUCCCAACGCGACCCGACGUGCCCACGCCGACGGAAUCGACGUGGGAUGUCGUGCAAAAUGUGUUUGCCGCCGUUUUUACCGCCGUUGAAGGGUUGUGGUAAACAAUGACAUGUUAGCAACGACCAAGCAAAGCGACGAUUUAUAGACGAAGAUCAAUGCAAAAUUAUGUACUUGAAGUAAUGUGUGUUGUUUUUG